AUAGGAUUGACAAUUUCUCAAAACGAGACAUUUUAUCUUUAAAAAAUAAAAAUUAUUCCAGUUUCUGGAUCAAAGUACCCGAAACCGUUUUGCUUAAAACAGGAUCCAGUAAGCUUAGUCGGGUCUAAGAUCCCUAGUAGAUACAAAUUCUCUCUUCCAGACUUGACCAUUAUUUUCAAUCUUGCAUUCAUCCCAAAACCAGCGAUCUGAGAAACAUCGCUACAGGCAAGGAUUAUCUAUCAAAUACUUGCUUAUCGACUUGUAACUAUGGCUGACGAAGAACCUGUUGAUCCCAAGAAGGAGCUUGAAGACAGCGUUUGCAAGCCCAAGUGUGUUAAACCCUUGCUUGAAUACCAGGCAUGUGUCAAGAGAAUCAAGGAUGAUGAAAGUGGGCACAAACACUGCACAGGACAAUAUUUCGACUACUGGUCCUGUAUUGAUAAAUGCGUUGCACCAAGAUUAUUUCCCAAGUUGAAAUAACAAUGGCGUCCAGAUGGUGGAUUUCUUGCUGUUGAGGUUGAAGCUUUAGAUCACUCAUGGUUUUGUGCUGCUCAUUGAAUGCUUUUUUGAACUGUAAUCGUUCUCUUCCCGGAAGCUAAUUUUGGAAACUGUUUUUGGAAUAAACAACGAUGUUUCUGUUUUGACAGUUGAGUUAGGUAACCCAACUCCAGGAGUACAUUUUUCUGGUGAUGAAAAAAUGCCCUAUAUUAAUAUCGUUAAACAUGAUUGAAUUCCAUUCGGUUUCUCAUGGAAUAAUUACAAGUAUAUGCAAAAAAAAAUGCGUCUCAAUCCCGCUAU